AUGGUUCCAAAAAGAACUGCCUCCGAAAUGAUGGGAAGCUCUGGAAAGGCUGCGGGUGGUCCAUUCAAGAGAAUACAAUAUCAAGAGAUGGGAAAAAUGCAUCCAGAAUUCUCAAAAUCUAUACAAGAGCUCGAGCAAACGAAUAAAGAGUAUGAGGACAAUAUCGAGAAGAAUAGACAAGAAAUUGUGGACUUGAAACGGGAAGAGGAAGUCAUUCUGGCUAUUCAAAAGCAAGGGAUGACUCGUGAAAAGGCUCUUCAGAAAUUUAUCCAAUGGGGUAUGGCAAGAUUUCUGGAAGAUAAAUUGGAGAAGGAGAGCGAGGGAGAUAGAAUGAGAAGACUGCUGGCGAUAAAGGGGAGAAGAUCAAAAAUGAGAUUUAGGGCUAGGCUAUGCGAUGCAAUGUCAAACAAGCGCUCAACAAAUGUCAAGAGUCUAUCGCUGCAAGAUCGUGAGAUGUAUAUUCAUCGCAAGAAGAGAUCGAUUGGAAAAAAACACGAAAUUGAAGAGGACGAGGCGGAACUCUGGUUUUUCGAAACGGAAAUCGAGAAAGUUGAAUCUGAGAUGUAG